AUGGCAGAUUUCAAAGCUCGACUUGCCAAACUCCACACUAAAAGGAAGGAAGCCUCAAUGCUGAACCACAAGGAGGUAGUGGAGGAAGACCGUCUCAAGCAGAUGCCAAAAAAUUAUGCAAAGAAACGGCAGAGACUUGAAGCAAAGCUUGCCGAGGAUCAGCGCAGGGAAGCAGCAGAAUCUGAGUGUAAAGAUUAUGACCACAUGAAGCUCCUGAAUGUUGGGGCAGAUGAGGCAGAGCGCUGGGAGCGGCGAAAGAAGAAGAACCCUGACCAGCAGGGCUUUUCCACCUACGAGGAUGCUACCAAAUCUCUCCACUCAUUACUCCGACUUACUCAUCUGUCUGUUGUGAAGAGCUAA